CUCCGGGUCCACUUUGGGUCCAUUUUGAGCCACUUUGGGUCCGUUUUGAGCCACUUUUGGUCCAUUUCGACCUCUCUGGGUCCACUUUGGUCCAUUCUGGGCCACUGUGGGUCCAUUUUGAGCCACUUUGGGUCCAUUUCGACCUCUCUGGGUCCAUUUUGGGCUGUUUUUGCGCCAUUUUCAGCCCAUUUCCCUUGUGUCCCCCCCCCCCCCCAGAACCUGAGCGCCUCCGAGGGCCCCAACUACGUGUCCGCCUGCGCGGGCCCCUCGCGCCGGCCCCAGCGCCACUUCUGCAGCGUCUGCGGCUUCCCCUCGGCCUACACGUGUGUGAGCUGCGGCGCCCGCUUCUGCUGCACGCGGUGCCUGGGCACGCACCACGACACGCGCUGCCUCAAGUGGACGGUGUGAGAUGACGUCACCCCCCCCAAGAUGAUGUCACCCCCCCCAAGAUGACGUCACCACCAAGAUGGCGCCGCCAGGAGCCCCUUUUUGGGUCCAAACCCGUGGUUUUCGGGCAACCCCCCCCCCCCCGCAAAAGGCAACAAAUAAAAGGAUUUGGGUGGAUUC